UCUCUGCUCGGGUAUUUACGGCGCGCGGGCGGUCCCAGCAGAAGUUUCGAGCGGACGGCUCGCGCUUCCCUCGCGGGCGCGCAGCUGCAGCGCCGGGCACGGAGCGCCCCGCGCCCCGCGGCGAGUCCCGACCGCCCGGCCGAUGGGCUGCACAUGGCAGCACGACCGGCCGCUGCCCAAGCCAGGAGGCAAGAAACGACUAAGAGCUCAGCAGCCAAAGGGGCAGGUUUCCCAGGAGCUGACGGCCUUGAAGACAGAGAAUCACGUCAUCGCAGCUCCCUUGCACGAGGAUGUGGAGACGAAGAAGGCGCUGCUGCUGGAGGAUCAGAAGAGUGAGAUUGCGAGGCUCCUGCAAGGACAUCAGGAGGAAACGGAAAGGCUGAAGGAAACCCACCAGGCAGAGACCCAGAGACUGACCCAAGACAUUAAAAUCCAGGUGGAAAAGGAAAGAGAUUUAGAGCUUAAAAAGCAGCUCUCAGAGCAGUUUGACACACUGAAGAGAGAGCAUGAAGAGAACCUCCGAGAACUCCAGAGGGCCCAUGACCAGGAGACAUUGCUCUUAAGGGAAUCCUACCAGAGGUCCCAGUCUUCCUUACAGGAGAUGAUUGACAGGUUGAAUUCCCAGCUGAAAUCCUUUCAGGAGAAAAUGAAACGGGUGGAGGAAUCGAUCUUGAGCAGAGACUAUAAGAAACAUAUUCAGGAUUAUGGGAGCCCCAGCCAGUUCUGGGAGCAAGAACUGGAGAGUCUGCAUUUUGUCAUAGAAAUGAAGAACGAACGCAUCCAUGACCUGGACAAGAAGCUGCUGAACUUGGAAACAGUGAUGGAGAAGAACCUGCUUCUGGAGGAGAAAGUGAAAACCCUUCAGCAGGAGAAUGAGGAUCUGCACGUUCGGACACAGAACCACUUGACAAUGACAAGGCAACUGUCUGAUGAGCUCCUGCUGGUUCGGGAGGCCCUGGACAAGGAGUCCCAGUUGCGGGAGCAGGUGCACCGGGAGAAGGAAGAGCUGUUGUACAGGGUCCUGAAUGGUGACUCCUCCCCUACCUUCCCCAUCCCCUCCAGUGAGGUGCCGCUCAUCGCCACGUAGCGCUCUGGGAAGUGGCGAUGGAGGCUGCUGGGAUGAGGAAGCAAGUGAGGGGCACCAGAGACUCUUCCACCCCUUGUUUUAGCACUUCUUUUAUUGCACAGGUCCAGAGCUGCUGUCAUGGGGACUCUGUCCGGUAGAAGGGGAGCUCCUCAGACUUCCAACCCUGGGACGGCCUUCCUCUAAGGGGACUGUGCAGUAUUUCUCGGGACCUUUUCAAUGUGCUUUUACCCCUCCUGUGUGUCCCCCUGUCUGACUCUGAACAUGGGGGAGCUUACGAGACACCCCAGAACCUAGACACGUUUGGUGUGAGGUAUCCUGGCUGCUAAAGGGGAGCUGACGCGUGCUAAUUGGAUGCACACAAGCACUUUCCACUGGGCGUGCGAAUGCUUUCAGGAGAGACCAAGUGGAGCGUUAGCUAGUGCCACAGACUGCCCCUGAGCUUUGCAAGAGGAGUGUGGAGCAGUGUGUGCGUGUGCGUGUGCGUGUGUGUGUGUAACAGACCUGUGUGCUAAAGGCUGUAACAAUACAGUUCUGAAAGGGUAAGAUAUCCAAAAAAUGAAAUGUCAGUGUUUUCCA